AUGUCAGACUCUUGUAUCUCCCUCUCGGGGUCAAGCGCCUGUCCUGCCUGGGCCAGCUCGUCCAUUUCCACCAAUUCCAGCCUAUACGGGAGCUUUCCAUUCCUCAAAGGUGUAUCGAACCUGACCGAGUUCGAUGAUUCAUUAAAAGACUAUGUUAAGGGGUCAUAUGUCUCAUUAAAAUAUGACGAGUUGUUGGGCUGCAAAGGCCUCAACACUAGCGCAUCAAGCGACUACUAUGCCCAAUACACAACUAGUGUGAUGUGCAGCAGUGUCAUCCAGAGUUCCAUAUCCGACUGUGGUCUAUCAACCGAUGAUGCGCUCCCAAUCUGUGUCGACACAUGUGCGCUUUGGGCGCGAAGCGAGGAGGAGACUAUGGUCAACACCGAUCUAUGCACCGGCACCGACAAGGACUAUACGAGCCAAAUCUACUCCGACUUGAUUAUCUGCGAACAACCAUACAAAGCCCUUUCUGGAAGCUGCAUCGAAGGAGCCGCGAACGAGCCCGACAACUGUGGAUUUGCGUCGAACACCAUUGGACUCUGCACCUACUGCGCGGGUGGAACCGAUACCUGCUGCACAUCAUCCAAUGCCACGAGCCGCUGUAAUGGGGUUACGAUACCUACUUCGACUCUGCCACCACUUACUUCGUCUUCUGCCGCGGCUGCAGGUGGUCACCAUGGAUUGUCUGGUGGUGCAAUUGCUGGAAUUGUGAUUGGUUCCGUUGCAGGAGCUGCCAUUCUCGCCGCUCUGAUCGCCUUCCUUUGUAUCUUCAUGCGCCGCCGCCGCAGGAACACUCCGAACGAAGCUGGAUUGAACCAACCCAACCCGCAACGCAAGGGAGGAUCGCCAUCAAUGCAACAGGCUGGGAGCCCGACCGGAUAUAAUAUGAUUCCAGGGGGUCGAGUCACACGCAUGUCUGCCUUGCGCGAAAUGCCCAGCUCCUCCUCGCCUGCCUAUUCACGGACUUCUGCGGCGAUGUACAGCGGUGCCAAGUAUAGUGAUACAUCGGAUUCAGAGGCCAUGGGUGCCAGUCCUGGAGCCAUGUCCAAGAAGAUCCCUCCUGUGACUGGCAAGCGUCUUGGCUCGCUUUCGAGCAGCUCUGUUCUGGCUGGACUAGAAAGCGACAGCUCGCCUCGCUCCGGUACUAAUACCACUUACCAAUACUCUUCCCCUGAAGGAGUGACCAGCGGUCAAUCAGAGCAGCUGUCAUACUUCCGCGAUUACUACUCGCAAGAUGACAUCCACGCCGGAGACAAGGUAGCCGUUCUCUGGGCCUACUCCCCCAGAGCAGGCGACGAGUUCGAACUCGAUCGCGGUGAGAUCCUCAAGGUGAUUGGUAUCUGGGACGAUGGCUGGGCGACAGGUGUGCGUCUUCCCGAGCGAGCCGAGGACCACGACAUCAGCCACCGCGAGCAACGAGACAGUGGAGUCUCGAAUGGCUCUCACCUGCCUGCCGGCUCGUCCCCUACGCCAUCAGGCGAGAUCAAGGCCUUCCCCUUGGUCUGUAUCUGUCUCCCGCAGCACUGGCGCAAGAUCAUCGACGGUGGCCAGGAAGACGAUGUAGUCUGA